UUGCCUUGAGUCUGUUGCAUCCAAAAUGGAGUUCUUUCCGGCUAUGUUAUGGCUUUUUAUCUUAUUUGGGCAUGGAUUAGCACAUCAAGUAACAUUUUAUGUGCACAACAAAUGCCCCUUCCCAAUUUGGCCAGGGACAGCCUCUAACACAGGCCAACCGGUCAUUGCUGAUGGUGGCUUCUACCUCGCCUCAGGCGACACCGCGCGAAUUUCUGCACCGUGGACUUGGAGUGGCCGAAUUUGGGCACGGACCGGCUGCAAUUUCAAUUCUAAUUGGAAACCUACGUGUGAGACUGGAGACUGCGACGGGCGACUAGCGUGUAAUGGACUAGUAGGCACUCCACCAGUCACAUUAGUACAAUUUGCCCUACAAGGAAACACCGGGAAGCCCGAUUUCUACGACGUAAGCUUGGUCGAUGGCUACAACAUCCCCGUCUUCGUCUCGAACAGACAAUUAACACCAAAAUGUACCAUAAAUGGUUGCAACAAGAACCUGAAGAACUCGUGUCCGCCGGAGCUACAAGUCGUGAACGCUAACUGGGAAGUCGUGGCGUGCAAAAGCGCUUGCUUGGCCUUCAAUCUUGACUCGUUUUGUUGCAGAAAUGAGUAUGGAACGCCUGAGAAAUGCAAGCCAAGUGUGUACUCCAAGCUGUUUAGGGAUGCUUGUCCUUCUUAUUACAGUUAUGCUUAUGACAAACAAGCUCCAUUGGUUACUUGUCCUUCUUCUAACGAGUAUGUCAUCACCUUCUGUCCUUCAUCUUGGGGUGCUGGUGGUUCUCACUCGUCUGUGUAGGUUUGUGAAACUUUGUUAUGUACCCACUAAUUGUUUGAGAUUCAUUUACACACAAAAUUUAUUACAAAUCAUAAUAAAUAUAUCACUGUACUAUAUUAAUUAAUUUCAUUAUGGAAGUUUGUAUUAAGUUCA